AUGGAGUGUACCCCCUGGAUCUGGCUACAGGAGGGGAGGGAAUCCCGGAAGCUGGUGCUGCUGGUCGUCUUUGUUGCCCUGCUGGUAGACAACAUGCUGUUGACAGUUGUGGUGCCAAUUGUCCCUUCCUUCCUCUUUACCACCUACAAAAAUGCCAGUCACUCUGCUCUGCAAGGCCUGGUUCCGAUGGCGGUCUCCACAGCUGCUUCUUAUGCAGCAGUAUUCUCUCACUAUGACAAUACCACAGUACUCAUCUCUGGCUAUACUGCCAGCACGGAUGCAAACGGUGCAAGCAAGACCCAAGAAGGAAACUCAUCUCAUCUCCCCCAGGCAGCUUUGAUUCCGAGUGACAAUUGUACAGAGGGGGCUGACUUUCUGACUCAAGAGAAUGUGCGCGUUGGAUUGCUGUUUGCUUCCAAGGCUUUGAUGCAGCUCAUAGCCAACCCCUUUAUAGGACCCCUUACCAACAGGAUAGGAUACCACAUUCCCAUGUUUCUUGGGUUUGUCAUCAUGUUCCUGUCCACUCUUUUGUUUGCUUUCUCCAGUACUUAUGACUUGCUGUUUGUGGCUCGAGCACUGCAAGGCCUUGGGUCUGCCUGUUCAUCUGUUGCAGGUCUUGGGAUGCUAGCAAGUGUCUACACUGAUGACAAUGAGAGGGGAAAUGCUAUGGGAAUAGCCUUAGGUGGCUUGGCUUUGGGGGUUCUUGUUGGAGCACCCUUUGGAAGUGUGAUGUAUGAGUUUGUUGGGAAGUCGUCCCCCUUUCUGAUCUUGGCAUUCUUAGCCUUGUUGGACGGAGCUUUACAGAUGUGCAUCCUGCACCCUUCAAAGAUUUCACCGGAGAGUGCCAAAGGGACCCCGCUGCUCACCUUGCUAUGGGACCCCUACAUUCUGAUUGCCGCAGGCUCUCUCUGCUUUGCUAAUAUGGGAAUCGCUAUGCUGGAAGCCACUUUGCCCAUUUGGAUGAUGCAAACCAUGUGCUCCCCAGAGUGGCAGCUGGGGAUAGCUUUUCUGCCUGCCAGUGUAGCUUACCUGAUUGGUACCAACCUAUUUGGGAUACUGGCCAACAAAAUGGGACGGUGGCUUUGUUCACUGAUUGGAAUGGUGCUGGUGGGAAUCAGCCUCCUCUGUAUUCCCUUGGCUCAGAAUAUUUAUGGACUCAUCGGGCCCAACAGUGGGGUUGGUAUUGCUCUUGGCAUGGUGGAUUCCUCAAUGAUGCCUAUUAUGGGAUACCUGGUGGAUCUUCGGCACACCUCUGUCUAUGGCAGUGUCUAUGCCAUUGCCGAUGUGGCCUUCUGCAUGGGCUUUGCUAUCGGUCCUUCUACAGGGGGUGCUCUUGUACGAGCCAUUGGCUUCCCCUGGCUAAUGGUUGUCAUUGGGGGAAUCAACCUUUUAUAUGCCCCUCUCUGCUGGUUCCUACGGAGCCCCCCAGCCAAAGAGGAGAAGAUUGCAAUUCUUAGCGAGGAAUGCUCCAUGCAGACCAAAAGCUACGCCACUCAGAAAGUUCUCCGGGAGUUUCCACUGACUGACAUCAGCGACGAGGAAGCAGAGAGUGAAGAAUAG